UAUUCGAUGAGUAUACAGUUUAUUUUUUUAAGUAUUUUUGUGUGAUAUCACAAUAAAAAUUUCCCAGGUACGUCCACCCGUACUACUCACUUGACCAGCACCAGUCAGACAAUCAACACCACUAUGUCUGCCACCUUGACAACUCAACCCACCAAAACCAGCCAGACAAGAUUCACCAUAGCUCCAUCAGUCACAUCAUCACAACUGAAUAUUACAGUGGUGACUGCUUCCAAGAUUUCUUUCACUUCUGUAACAGGCACAUCAAAAUCUGAGGCUGUCAUAGUCAAAACCUCCAGAUUUGAUGUGGGCAGUUUUGUAGGUGGCAUUCUGCUGACGCUUGGAGCCCUAGUUAUUCUCUACAUUGGAUGCAAAACCUAUCACUCUAGAAGAGGCAUUCAGUACAGAACCAUUGAUGAACAUGAUGCCAUCAUUUAA